GAAAAACAUAAAUGAGCAACUUUGCCAACACAGCCGGCGAAUCAUGAGAGUGGCAGUGCCACGUUAUGGACUUCCAUUCUUGGAACCUCUCAACAAAUUCCCAUUCUCCUUCUCCUCUUCAACCCUUUCUCCUAAUAAAACUUGUACUCAAACAACCUUCUCUGCUAAAAUGUCAACAACCCCACCUUCUCAACUCAGCCACAUCAUCAAUCUUCCAGCCCAACUCGAUCAACCCGUUACCAUUGUCGCUGCUCCCGGCGUCUCCGAUACGCAGUUCAGGAAUGCUAUUGAAUCCUCAUUGUUCAAGCAGUGGUUAAAGAACAUACAAACUGAAGCAGGAAUGCUGGCUAAUGGAGCUAUGUCUCUAAGACAAGUUCUUAUUCAGGGUGUAGAUAUGUUUGGAAAGCGUUUGGGGUUUCUAAAGUUCAAAGCAGAUAUUAUUGAUAAGGAGACGGGUCAAAAGGUUCCUGGUAUUGUCUUUGCACGGGGUCCAGCUGUUGCAGUGCUAAUCCUUUUGGAUUCUGAGGGUGAGACGUAUGCUGUGCUUACAGAACAGGUUAGGGUCCCUGUUGGGAGGCUAAUUUUGGAAUUGCCAGCAGGAAUGUUGGAUGAUGACCAAGGUGACUUUGCUGGAACAGCAGUUCGAGAGGUUGAGGAAGAAACUGGAAUCCACCUGAAUGUUCAUGAUAUGGUCGACCUCACAGCGUUUCUCGACACAUCGACUGGGGGCAGAGUUUUUCCUUCUCCUGGUGGCUGUGAUGAGGAGAUCAGUUUGUUUCUAUACAGAGGAAAUGUCAGCAAAGAGAAAAUCCAACAACUGCAAGGGAAAGAAACUGGACUACGUGACCAUGGGGAGCUGAUUAAGGUGCAUGUGGUUCCAUAUGAUAAACUAUGGCGUGCCACAGCUGAUGCAAAAGCUCUGACCGCAAUUGCCCUCUAUGAGAUGGCCAAAAGAGAUGGGCUGCUGCCUUGCUCGACGACAAGUUAAUAUUUUCUCUUCCAUUUAUCUCAAUUUACUUUAUUGUAUGCUUGGCUGAAUAGGUGAUGCUAUAUCUUAGGCGGAUGAUAUCUAAAUUAUGGGCAUUCCCAGGUGCACACUCCUGGCAACUGCAUCUGUUGCUUAGUUUUAAACUUUUCUACAUUAAAAGCUGUUUUGCAUAGAACACAAUUUUAUCAUUUCAAAAUAGAUAAUAAAAAAAGGGAAAGAGGAGAUUGGUUCUUGCACAGU